AUGAGCAGCCUCCCGCGGGAGCGGGUGACAGCGGGGAGACCCUACCUCGACACCGGAGUCGACUAUGCCGGCCUGGUUCAUCUGCGAAUGACCAAGGGACGAGGUCAGCGGACUUACGAGGGCUUCAUCGCGGUCUUCGUCUGCCUGUCAACCCGUGCCGUGCAUUUGGAGGCGGUGUCCGACUACACUGCCGACGCCUUUCUGGCGGCCUUGCGUCGGUUCGUGGCUCGCCGCGGCCUCUGUCGUACGCUCCGUAGCGACUGCGGAACGAACUUCGUCGGCGCCGAUGCGCAAUUGCGGAGUUUUUUCGCCGCUGAUAGCCCUGAGUUGCGUCGGAUCGUCGGACGGCUUGCGAGCGAUCGUAUUAAGUGGCUAUUCAACACUCCGUCAGCGCCUAAUUUCGGCGGAAUCUGGGAGGCCGCCGUCAAGUCCUUGAAGCACCACCUGCGGCGAGUGCUGGGGGACUCGACCCUGACCUUCGAGGAGAUGAGCACCCUCCUCGCUCAGGUGGAAGCCUGUCUGAAUUCACGACCGCUCCAGGCCUUGUCCGACGAUCCUGAUGACCUCGCCGCCCUCACGCCGGGUCAUUUCUUGGUGGGAUCUCCUCUUACGGCCGUGCCUGAGCCUUCAAUGCGGGAGUUGCCGGCGAACCGCUUGACUCGCUGGCAGCUUCUGCAACAAAUGCGUGACCAUUUCUGGGACCGAUGGUCCCGUGAGUAUCUUCACUCCCUCGUCCAUCGACCGAAGUGGCGGAGGGAGGUCGCAGAUUAUCGAGUAGGACGCCUGUGUCUCCUCCGAAAUGAGAGCACUCCGCCGUCGCGCUGGCCACUCGCGCGAAUCGUGCGGGUGCACGUAGGGGAGGAUGGACAGAUUCGCGUCGUCACUGUCCGGACGGCUGCGUCGGAGUCCACGCGACCAGUAGUCAAGCUCAUAUUAUUGCCUGUUGGAGAGGGCGAUCAGAACCAGGAGUCGCUUGACUAG